AGUGAUCCAAAUGUACAGAAUUAUCAUAAAGAUGCAAUGAUAGCGAUAUUUAUUUGUCUAACUGGUCACCAUGUAACAAUAAGUAAAUUGUCUAGCUGAUCAAUUGAUAGACUGAUAUCUAUUUCCUCAGCACUGCAUCUUCCACAACGUUAACAGACAGAUAAUAUGGAUAAGUUAACAUAAUACCAACCUUAAACGUGGUACUGUAAACAUACACUUAUUUGAUACCGCCCACACAGGUGCUACGGCCCCGGACAUGAGGAACGCCCAAAACCGUGGCUGUAGGCCUAGGCAGUACCCGCUAUCCAUAGACAUAGUAUAUGCCCGCUAUCUGCCGCUACUUCUCUUGUGAACAGUUCUUCCUCCAUCCACUAGAUGGCAGUGGCAGUGAAUCUGAUUAACAAAUUCUGCAACUUGCUCGCUAUCUCAGAGACAGAAUCAUAACAAGAUGUGGGUUAAAUUUUAGCCAUUUGGAGAAAUUGCGUGGUAGCUAUAUUAAACUAUAUUAGAUCGUCAUGUGAAAUUGACUUUUGGUGCUGUAUAAUGCGACGUAGACUCCAGUAGCCACGUCUGUUGGUGUCUGCGACCAAGAUAGGAAAUAAAAUGGAGCAACGCAAGGUAUCACCGUUACAAGCGUUUCUUUCGCUCUUUGGGAAGUCUACUGUAACAUUACCUUGCCCCAUGGAAUCAGUGAAAUAUGGUUGGACUCCUGAACGAGAGCAUUUAUGUGAGGAUAAGAAACCAGUUCCUCACCAGCAAUCCAGCUGCUCUUCGCCAGCUGUUAUGGCUUGGGACACUUCGUACUACAACGAUGAAGAAGACGAAGAGCUUGCGAGAAAAAGGAGAGAAUUGCAGUUAAUUGAGGAACAAAUAGCUCUCAAGAAGGCUUCCAUUGCUUUGAAAAAGAAUAACCUGCAACGAACGCCCCAGUACUGCGAAAAUGAUGAUGAAAAAGAGGAGGAAGAUGAAGAAUGGGACAAUGAAAUCGAGGUGGAAACGGAACAUGAACAAUCUCCACUAUUCACAAACAAUAACUUUCCACAGAGAUCACCCCAUCAAGAGGUUGUAUCUCUCACAGAAAGACAAAUUAGUAUUCUGAAUGAGUUGACACAGCCAUUUGUUUCCUUUGAACCCUCUAAUCCGGAACCACCUUCAUUUAUGAAAAGUUUUCUGGAGAAAAGAAAUGCAGAAAUCUUUCAAAGAGAUUUGGAGCAGAAACAUGAGGCCCAAUCAGACCUCAAAGCAACCUUUACCCCAGAACACAGAGUUGAAGCUUUGAGACCUCACCGCCACUCAGGGCAUGCACUGCCAUCUCCAGCUUCCAAGCAGAGUCCAGCUGAACAGGCUAAUCCCUUCAGUCUGAAAUGCUCCCAGGAAACACUGAACAGUGGUCCACCUUUGAAGGGCUUUGAUCGUUUCCUCAGCGUCCUUAACCAAGGGGUGGAUGUACAGAGGCUGUCUGAGAUAGUGAAUGAGGCUCAGGCUGAAGUUGUGAAUAACAAGCCAGCUGCUCCUAUUCGUGGUGAGACAUGUAGGAGUGUGGAUUUGGACGAUAAAAACUCAAGAGACAAGUACAGAGAAUCAAGAGACAAGGAAAAGGGGUCCAAAAGGAAGAGAAAGGACUCCAGAGAUGGGAAUAAUCCCUCAAGAGACAAGGACAGACAGUCUAGAGAAGAGAAGGACAUGGCUUCAAGAGGCAGGAGAAGCGACUCUAGAGACCGACACAGGCAUUCAGAUGGCAGGAAAAGCAGAAGGGACUCGAGAGAGAGAGACAGGGGAAGGGACUCAAGAGAGGGAGACAGGGGCUGGAAUUCAAGAGAGGGAGACAGGGGCUGGAAUUCAAGAGAGGGAGACAGGGGAUUCCCUGAGCCCAAGGAGAAGAUGCUCAAGAGACAGGAGGAGCAGGAGCAGGCUCCCACAAUGCACCAUACCGGCUUCCACCACCUCAGUAUCCUCCGCACCUGGGACCUCCACCGCUACUACCACCAUCAUCACAACCCCCACGUCAUCUACCUCCACCCCCACAAUCCUCAUGUCAACUGCCUCCACCUCCCCACUGCCUGCCGCCCCCGUGUCCAACACUCCUACCUCCACCUCAUCUGCCUCUACGACCACCACCACCACAACCCCCACCUCAUCUUCCUCCACCGCUUCUCCCAGCUCUUCCACCCGCGCCACCCAAACGGGUGA